UGCUUGGCUUUCUUGUUUCAGUGACAUAUAAAGAUGCAAAGUACAAAGAAAAAAAAUUCGGAAGCGACGUCCGACCUAACAUUGAAUAAUGAAGAGCGGGAGAAGAGAAAAAGGAAGAGACUGCAGCAUACUCUUUCUUCAUUUGAGGAUGAGGACUUCUAUGACCAAGAUGAACGACGUAACACUCAGCCAGCCCCUCAACUUCCAGAACGUGCACCAGAGCCCAAGCAAAAACGCACACGUGAGCUGUGCGCACCUGCUUUAAACAGAAGGCAGAAAACAAUGAGCCAGCCAUCAUCGUGCAGGAAGCCGACGCCAAAUGGGCUGCUGCUGAAUCAGUCGGGCAUGCACCAGCUAGGACCAAGAAAAUGGAGCAGUGUGCCUCUUCUCAGGAGUGACUGAGGGGCUGC